AUGGCCGGCCAGGCCAAGCCCGCCCGACCACGCCGUCGCCGUCCGCCGCCUGCGCCAGUCGCAGCCGCCGCCAGCGAAGCCUCCGCCGCCGAGCCUCCACGCCCGCGGCCUCUCUCGGCGCACGCCUGCACCUGCACCUCCACCCAAUUCUGCACUCUCCCUCACCCAACCUGCGGCCAACACCACUGCCCGACGCCCAACCCGCCCUGCGUCGACGCCUCCACCCCGCCGCGCUCGCCGCGCGCUGCUGCUGCCGCCGCCCGCCAGGCACUGCCCGCCAAUCCAGCGCCUCCACGACCACCAAGCCGCCAAGUGCUGGACGCCCUAUUGGCCACCGCGUGUCUUGCUCGAGCCGCCGCGCCAAAGAGCGACAGACACGAGCCGUUGUCUCUGCGCUCCACCUCCAUCACCACCAUCAGCAGCAGCACCGCGCCGAAACCGUCUUCAUAUGCGCAGCCGCGAGCCGUUUCCGUCACGCUGCUCGCAUCCGCCGGCCUCUGCCCUCCGUUUGCCCCUACCUCCGUGAUGCCUGCAUCCAAGCCCGUUAAUAUUGCCGACUCCCGGCCCAACGCCGCGCGCAACACUUCCAUAGACUCUGCCGUCUCCUCCAUAUCCUCCAAUGCCUCUGCCGUCAACCUCAAGUCGUCCCAGCCCAUGGCAAAUGCACAGACGCCCGACUUUGCCGCCCUGAUACAGGCUGCAGGCUCUCCGGAGGCAGCGUUAUAUAAUCUGUGGCGCGAGAAGCAGAGUCUGGAGAACCACAACCAGCAGCUAUGGCGGAUCGUCACCAAGCAGAAGGACAUGGUCGUGGGCCUGAACAAAGACUUGGAGCGCGCCCUCAAGGAUCGAGAGCGCUAUCGCAAGAAGCUGAAGGAACAUCUUGCUCAGGUGCCGCCUUUGCCACAUGCGGCGCAAAAAAUCGAGAUUCCAGAUCGGGAACACAGCUCUUCGCCGGCACUGAGCGAAGCGCAAGAAGCCGUCUUGAACGGUAGGAACAACAGCACGCCGGAUGUGAUUCCCGAUGGCCUCAAUCGCAAGGUUUCGGUUGAGCAGAGCACGCUGCCCGGCCAAAACCCUCGCGACGGCGGUUCGCUGCUGCUGUCCCCAGAGUCGCCCCCGGCCCAGUCUACUGAUUCCGCAUCCGCCGAAACCUCUGUGAAGGAUCCAGCCAGCAGCGAGCCCUCGCCGCUUGAAGGUUCCGCCUCUACCGUCGAGUCGCGGAGUGGUGCAAACGAGCCUCCUGCGGGUGAUUCAAAACCGAGCGAUCUUCGCCUUAGAACGCUGCGCGAGGAGGCCGUCGGUAGUGGUUCGCAGGCUGCUUAUGACGACGCUGUAUCGCCCAAGACGACCGUCGCUCAGUCGUCGUUCCAUGCAAAGACUCCUUCACUUUCACUAACCGCGCCUACUCCUGUUCUAGGUUCCAACGGCUUCCCCAGCCCUGAGGAACGCCCCCAACGAAAAGCCCCACCUGCACCUCUUAAUCUCUCACAGCCCCAGCGCCCGAGCGAACAUCUGCAGCAACCGCCCCCUGAUGACCGCCACUCUGACUCAGAAUAUGACGAAGUCUCGGAGGUAGAUGAAAUGCCCGUCUUUCAGCGUGGGCGGAAGAAGACGCGGGAAGAAGACGACAAACAGCGUGAGCUUCUCGUGCAGAAAGAGCUCGAGGAGCGCAGUCGUUCGAAGAAGAGCAAGAGUAAGAGUAAGAGCAAAAGCAAGUCAGGUCACGACCAGGCGGCGCCGGAGGACACGGCCAAGGUUGCCGCUGCUUCAGCAUCCCGAUCGCCGGUCGCACUUGGACUACCGAGCUCUCCCCGCCUCGCUCAAGCCCCCGGUUCUAUCAAUGCGCUGCUCAGUCCCGCCAGUUCCGACGGCUCCAUGGUCGCACAGCGAAGCAUAAACACCCCUCUGAUGAGCCCAGGUCUGCCUGUAAGCCCGCGUCCCGGCGACCGACCUCCAGGUGCACCAACACCCCGUCUUCCAAAGCAGGAGAUCGUAUCUCCGCCAAUGUCCCCUCGCGGCGCCAAUGGCCUGCCGCUUUCUCCACGCGCUCCGAGAGGCCCGAUUCCCCUGCCACCGCAGACGCCGCUUGCUGUUGCUUCGCCUCACCUCGCACGUGCUGAGCAAUACCAACCGCAGCCCCAGAGCGAACCCGAGAAGCUUGCAGUACCCGGCACAGGGUACUCGAGUUCUGAGUCGAAUAAGGGUAGUUCCAAUGGCUCAGAGCCAACAUCCCCGGACGGCAUCAGUCGAGAGCUGGUGUCGGAGCAGUACCCCAAUCUGCUUCUUCCGCCGAAUGCUCUGCCCGGCAUCCAGGUCAAGGUCUUCUCUUCUCGCCUGCGUCCAUCCCGCCACAGUUUCAUGGCUCCCAGCCCGUCCGAGGAAGACCCGGUUUUCAUCCUUGCCAUUCAUUCCCGCUCUGACGGGAAGCAGCUAUGGCGUCUCGAGAAGACAAUCAACGCGCUGCCAGCGCUGGACCAGCAGCUGAAGAAGCUUUGCGAGUUUACCGGUCAGCUUCCGGACCGGAGCUUGUUUACUGGCCAUGCCCCCUCGAAGAUCGACGCGCGGAGGGCGGCUCUGAAUGCCUAUUUUGAUAAAAUACUCGAUACCCCCAUGGGCGAGAGGGCUGCCCUGAUUCUCUGCGAGUUCUUCUCUACGGAUGCUUUUGGCGCCGAGAUGGAGCCUCCGAGAUCCUCCAACCUUUCUGUUCCCGAGAACCCUACCGUGCCACCAACGAAGGCCACCAAGGAGGGCUACUUGACCAAGCGUGGAAAGAACUUUGGUGGGUGGAAGGCUAGAUACUUUGUGCUCGAAAGCUCCGAGUUCCGAUAUUUCGAAUCGCCCGGAGGACCUUUACUUGGAUCCAUCAAGCUCCAGAGCGCCCAGAUCGGCCGGCAAAACCCCAGGAACAAGGCGAGCCAGCAAGACGACGAGAUGAGGCAUGCGUUCCUCAUCCUGGAGCCCAAGCGCAAGGACCCGACCACCAAGGUUUCGCACAUUCUGUGCGCCGAAAGCGAUGAUGAAAGGGAUGCCUGGAUCGACGCACUCCUUCAGUAUGUGGAAUCGACAGAGGACAAGAGCCAGCAAGCUUCGGGCGAAACGGUGCGUGAGCCUGGCUCUGCUCGUAGCAACGAGUCUGGCAAGGAAUCGAAACACAGCGGCUCGCAGCGUGAGAAAAAGAAGGAAAGGAGCCCGGAGAGGGCGAGGCAUCUCGAUGGAGUCCAAGCGACGAGCUACGAAAGCACGGUGGCGGCCGAUGCGCCAAUCAUGGUAGGCAGGGAAGGUGUCCCCUCUCCCCCCUUGGGAGGAGGCUUCCACCCAGACCGUAUUAUUUCGGGUCCCACGAACGGCGCUGUGAUUCAAAACGCCGAGCUUUGGGGGAACAAAAGUCUGACCACGCAGACUCCCCUCAGAGACAAGAAGCGGAGUAUCUUCGGAUUCGGCGGUGGAAGAGGACGAUCGUCCACCGACCUCGCACCUGGACAGAGCCAAAACAACUCUGGCCAGAGCCAGCCGCCGCGUGAGCCGACCCCUCAGCAAGGCCGGCCUGUCUGGGGGAUCCCUCUCGCCGAGGCGGUCGAGGCCACUCAGCCAGAAGGCGUCGAUGUCCUUCUACCUGCCGUCGUUUACCGUUGUCUUGAGUACUUGAAGGCGAAGAAUGCUCAUCGUGAAGAGGGCAUCUUCAGGUUGAGCGGUUCGAACAUCGUCAUCAAGGGGCUCAGGGAACGGUUCAACACCGAACGUGACAUCCGACUGUUGGAGGGCGAGUACUACGACGUUCACGCCGUGGCCUCGUUGCUGAAGUCUUAUCUGCGUGACCUGCCUGUCUCGAUACUGACAAGAGAGCUCCACUUGGACUUUCUCAAAGUACUUGAGUUGGAUCAAAGGUCCGAGAAAAUCGACGCCUUCAAUGUUCUGGUUCACAAGCUGCCGCCCGUCAACUUGGACCUGCUGCGCGCUCUUUCGUCUUUCUUGAUUGAUAUUACAAAUAAUUACGACAUCAACAAAAUGACGAUUCGGAACGUCGGAAUUGUUUUCUCUCCCACUCUGAACAUCCCGGGGCCGCUCAUCUCGUUCUUCAUCACCGACUAUCAUGACAUAUUCGGCACGGCCAAGGACGAGGCGACUUCUCCUAUCCGGGAAGUCACGGUUACGGCGCCGCUCACUCCCGAGUCGGUCCGGUCUCCGCGUCAUCAGAUGUUCUCGGAUCUUCCCACGCCGGCGUACCAGGGGGGUUUCCAAGAGCAACACAAGCAGCAGCAGAACACAGGGCCUUCUAAUUCUGCAGGGACGCGCGAACCGGCGCCGCAUUACGACACGGGCUUCAUUCCCAUGCAACCGAGCUAUGACAGCGCCACAUAUGGGUACGGAGAAGGAUACGGGAGUCUGAACAGCGCCGCACUUGCGGCCCCAACGUCGCGCGAAGCGAGAGCUCGGAAGAGGGAAAGCGGAAUGCUUCUGAUGAACAUGGGCCUUGGCGGCCAACGAAAGAGCUCGAUGCAGAGACUGAGAGAAGAGUCGGGCAUGGUACAAGAAGAGAGCGCAUUUGAAUAA